AUGGCUUCCCUCGCCGCAGACGGGCCUGAUUCUCUGCCGGAAGGCGUGAAAGGUCCCAUUCAUUCGACAGAGCCAGUCCCAGACCCAGCACCGCCACUGCAACAGCAAGAGCCAUAUACAUCUGAAUCAUCCGUCAAUGUCAUCGCCUCCGAUUCACCUUCGCACUCCUCGUCAUAUUACAGCUCGGACAGUGACGAACCACAUGCACACCCCGCCCACGAGGUCGACGAAGAUGCCGCCUGCGACGUCGUGGGAGUCAGCAUCGGCCGACAGCAGAGCCGCAUGAAAGCGAGAGCCACGCCAGCCGAGGAAAAAAACAGAGUAUUGGAAGCCCAGGGUGGAUACUUCACCGAAAUCCCGGAUACUGUCGGUGAAGAUGGUCUUUUUGCCUCGGAAAUAACGGCGGAACCUGUGAGUGUGGAAGUGGAGCCUGAAGCCGUGGAACAAAGGUUGCUCCGCCAGCAAGCAGCAGCCGGAGAAGGGGAAGCUUAUCGGGCGACGCACCGCUUCGCGCAAGGGGUAUCGGUGGAUCUUCGUGCGCCGCGUGGCCCCAGCGGACACGUUCCAACUAAGUCCUUAGGAUCUGGGACUAAGCAGUCACAGGCCACUCAGCGCUCUGGCUUUACUCGGUCGCUGUUGAAGACCUCAUUGCCUAGUCGGCCGCGAGCCUGGUCUGGGGAGCUGAAGAAGUUCCUGCCAGAUCUGGGCUCUUUGACGAAAAGGCCGUCGCUGUCGUUCCGCCAUGGCAAUUCUAGAGACAAUUCUCGAAACAGAGCCCGCAGCCAGACUGUGCAGGAUUCUAUCAAAUUAAACUCCGAGAGAGAUACGAGAACUUCGUCGUUGGAUCGCAGAGACGCUCUUACAAGGCGGACUGUCAGCGGAGAUUGUAGUAGAACCUCUGGACUACGCCCACCGGAGGCAGAGAGACGAAAUAGUUCUGAAAGGGAGGGGCGUAGUCUGCACAGAUCAACUUCAGAUCGGUCGCUUUACCUGCGCGCCUCGUCAGCAGCUUCGUCGCUUGACCAGCGCCCCCUCUAUGAGAAUGUGCAUUCACAAGUCAAUAGUCGCUUCAAGGCCAUCAAGGAUAGUUUCCAGGAUUCAAGUAGCCGGCUGCUCAGCAUGCCAACCCUUCAUCUGGGCAAUGAUUGGGGCUCUUUACCGUCGCUCUUCGAUACGAACUCCAAUUCUAAUACAAACAAUGGACCGGCUCGCACUGCAUCGCCACCUCCAGCCCCCAAGGCCAACCCAGAGUCAGGCCAUCCAAUUUUGGACGAAGCCAUGUCGGAAAUGAUUGGCGACGUUGUGAUUCUGGGAGGAUACCGCGGCUCGAUACUGCGUUCUGCCAAACCCCCACAUCGUCAACUUUGGGUGCCAAUUAAGGUGGGCUUGAAUCUGCGUAAGGUAGACCUCGAAGUCGGAUUGACCAGAGAGGACGAAGAACGUAUGGAAGAGACAAUCAUCCCCUCUGGCGUUCUGUCUCAUGUCGGACCUGUGGAUAUUUGCCGACGACUCAUGAAGCGGUUGCGUAAGUGUGAAAAUUCCGUGCGUGGUGACCUUCGUGUCUGGGACUACGGAUACGACUGGCGACUGAGUCCAGAAAUGCUAUCCGCAAACCUCAUCAAUUUCCUCGAGAGCUUGCCGUGUAACAAUAUGACAUCAGAAGGCGGAUCAGGUCGACGUGGCGCCAUCGUCGUCGCCCACAGUCUGGGCGGUCUCAUCACUCGUCAUGCCGUUAACAAGCGACCUGAACUUUUCGCCGGCGUUGUAUAUGCAGGAGUACCACAGCACUGCGUGAACAUCCUCGGUCCACUGCGCUUUGGCGAUGACGUGCUCAUCAGCUCACGAGUCCUGACAGCACAAGUCAACUUCACCUUCCGCACCAGCUUCGCUCUUCUCCCAGAUGACGGCCACUGCUUCAUCGACAAGCAGAGCAAAGAAGAGUUCCCCGUCGAUUUCUUCGACCCCCGCUCGUGGGAAGAACACCGUCUCUCCCCGUGCAUCGGCCCCGCCAUCCAACCACCAGUAGGCUCUCUAUUCAAAGACCUCGCCCAGAUCGGAAAGCGAUUCUCGCUCGGUCCGCGCGAUGACCUCGACAUCAACGACCCCAACACAAGCCCGACAGAUGACGAAAAUGCUCCAAAAUUCUUCAAGCACGCAGCAACCAUGCCGAUCGAGCACUCACAGGAAUUUUCAUCUCGUGAAAAUGACGGCAUCCCCGGCCCAAUCGUGCACCCACGCGGAAGUUCCACUUCCAACAAAACCUCAACAACAAGCACGAUCCCCCGCGCCGCGGCAAUGGAGUAUCUAGAACGCACCCUAGCCGAAGUGAAGCGCUUCAAAAAGGAACUAGAAUAUAUCCCGACCCAUGGAUCCGAAAACCGCUACCCACCCGCUUCGGUCAUCUACACCAAGAACAUCCCAACUGUAUACGGGGCCCGCGUCGUCUCGCGCGAGUCAAUCAAGCAGACAGAUUGCUACGAUGACCUCGCCUUUGCUGCUGGUGAUGGAGUCUGUCUCGCCACUGCAGCGAUGCUACCGCCUGGAUACCGCAUUAUCAAGGAUGGAUUGGUGAAGAGUGACCGCGGCCAUGUCGGGUUACUUGGUGACCUUGAGGGAGUGGGACAGUGUCUAAGAGCGAUUAUUCGUGGAAGGAAGGAGGGAGUUGGGUUGGGUAACUAG